AGAGAAGAGUCAAACAUGUCGACAUCACCUUCAUCAUCUCCAACUUCGUCGACAUCGACUACUUCAAUGUCAUCGCCAACAAAUGAUAUGAUGCAUCCUGCAUCAAGCCCUCCACAUCAACAACAUCAGCAACAACAACAACAACAACAGACUACACAGAAUACAUCAACAGCAACUGGUGCGACAUCACCAACGAUGCAAUCACCAUCGUCAUUGUCGAGAAAGACAAUGUCGUCACCGGCGACGGGCGUCGAUCAGACCACACCCGAGGCAAUACGUGCGCGAGGUGAGUUGCAACUGCAGGUGCCCGACUCAAUCAUGUCGAUCGACAUUGCACAGACGAUGAAGGAUUACAUUACAACAGGUGGUUCACCACCCGACGUCAUCAGAUUCCUCAGCGAGAGCUAUCGUGGCUACGCACAGAUGUGCAACCUACUCUGCAGCUGGAUGUCGUGCACCGGUGUCUCGAACGAGACCAUCCUGGCCACAGUCAAAGGUCAUCUCAAAGACAUCAUCAUGGAGAAGUUCGAUCCCAAGAAGGCAGACACUAUAUUCUCAUCA